AUGGCAUCAAACCCUCUCAACGCCCUCCGUGGCAUGGAAGCUGCCGGAACGACAAUCAUCGCUGAUACAGCCGAUUUUAGUUUCAUCGCCCGGUUCAAGCCAUCCGAAGGCACUACCAACCCGUCUUUGUUAUACCUUGCUGCCCAACAGUCGGAAUAUUCAAGCCUCGUGGAAAGAUCAAUUGAACAUGCAAAUAGUCUAGCUGCCAAGGGAGACGCCAUGGACGUUCAACUUGAGGGUGCAGUCGAGUACUUGGCAGUACUUUUUGGCGCUGAGAUCUACCAUUUAACCGGCCGAGUCUCAACAGAAGUGGACGUACGACAUUCAUUCAACACCCAGGAGACUGUCAAUACCGCCCUUCGCAUAAUUGCGCUGUAUAAAUUGCAGGGAGUACCUAAAGAAGCAGUGCGAAUCAAAAUAAGUGCUACGUGGGAAGGUAUCCAGGCCGGUCGGAUCCUUGAGCGCGAACACGGCGUUAGUGUUUUGAUCACCAUUGUCUUUGGCAUUGUUCAAGCCAUAACAGCAGCCGAAGCAGGUGUAGCGUGCAUUGCACCAUACGUUGGUCGUAUUGGUGACUGGUUCCGCUCACAGCCAUUACCACCUGUGGAUGAUAUGGGUGUGUCUAGGGUUAGAGAAAUGCAGAAUUAUCUCCGUAAAUACAAGCACCGCACGCAAGUCAUGGGUGCGAGUUUCAGGAAUAUUGAGCAAGUCAAGGCUUUGGCUGGUGUUGAUUUACUAACCAUCGCCCCGUCUAUCUUGGAAAAAUUGGAGAAUGAUCACAGUGAAGUCACCCCACAAGUCACAGCAACGACUGCCCAAGACGUCGAGAUUACCCCGGCCUCCUAUAUUAACGACGAGAAUGCUUUUCGUUGGGCGUUCAACAGUGAUGCUUGUGCAGUGGAAAAGUCAGCAGAUGCCAUGAGACGUUUUGCAGAAGACACUGAACAAUUGAAGAAAUUGUUGGCCUCCAAGUUGACGCUGCUAGGCGUUUCCUCUAGGGCUGGCAAUGAGUCGCCAUGCCAGAAGAGUCUCACAGUCCGCAGCCUUCCCGGCCGGGAAGGAUCAAAACCCAGCUUGCUUGUGAUGUCUGCCGGAGGCGCAAGUCGCGAUGCGAUGGCCGCCGCCCUGAAUGUACUCACUGCCUCGAAACAGGAGCUUCCUGUAAUUACCGCACAGUCGUGGCAAAUAUUGAGAGAGGGCCGUAUAGACACGUUGGAAGAACAUCUGCCCAGGUUAGAAGAGUCACGACCGGUUGAUACCCUUAUCCAGCCACAAAGUGUUCCGCCAACAGCCUCUACAUCCUUCAAAAGGAUUCCCGAGUUUCAUCACGGUGCUGGCCACAAGGUUCUCCAGUACUGGUCUCGUCUGCGUGUUCAUUUGACGAUUCCUAAUGUGAAUGUCCUUCAAUUCUUGAAAAAUGCCGAGGGUCGAGACAAGCAAUUUACGAAGAACCCACCGCCUGAUACUUCUCAGGUAGUUUUGCCCUGGUCGCUUGCAAAAGACUGCCUACAUUGCUGGAACGACAUCACUUCUCAUAUCCCCAUUGGGUUUUCUGUGCUCCUUGAAAGUAGCAUAUUUUUCUCCAAUGAGCAUAUCUCUUCUAUGCUAAACUUGCUAUCUGCCUAUGGUCAAAAUAAUGCUUCCGGAGGCCCUCAGUUUGGAAAGCUUGCCUUGGAAGAUCUCCUGGUUUAUACAAUAGGGCUACGAUGGCUCCUAGGUGAGGACGCCGACAUGCCAAAUAUAUGCUUUACAUUGGCACUUCAACAAUUGUGGCGAGUUCAGAUGGAAGCAGACGAGGUUGUAAUCCCUUAUUUGCUAGUUGUUGCCCAUAUCUUCUUAUAUACAUAUGCCAUGCCUUCUCACGCCCUUGGCAUUCUUCAAAUCGUCGACGCUGCUAUAAAUCGGCUGUCGGUUCAUCAUAACUUAAGGUCGCUCGAAACUUCGGUAUUGAUUUUCAGUCAGAUUUUUUACUUAUUGCAAAGUGAUAUUUUAUCUGAAAUAGACGGUUCUCCUUCUCUCCGAAUCCCCCCUCCCCUAGUCAGUGAUGGAAGUGUCGAUUCAACGGCUCUAGCAAUGGAUGGCCAAACAUCGACCUUUGAUUAUCUAGCAGCCAACAUGUGGCUUCGAUCGUCUCUUAACCUAAUUCUGGGUCACAUGUUCAUAACUGGUCAAGCAUACUGUCAGCCUCGCGAGGUGAUCCCAUUUAUUGCUGAAGUAUCUAUGGAUAUUGAGACUUGGUAUCGGUCCUUGCCCUUAGAUUUACAGUUCGUUCGAGACGCACGCAGUUUUUAUAUGCUGUCCCCAUCUAUCUCCAUACGAAUGAAAGAGCUAUCCCUCCGAUAUCAUGCAUGUAUUUCCAUUCUCACGCGCCCUGUCCUCUAUUUUGUGCUCUACCACGAUCUUGAAAAUUCAGUGACUCCUUCGCCAGGAUCGGCCUUGGAGACUGACCGACAGCUAGAGCCGUGGGUUUUUGCUCUCUGUCGUGAUUGUAUCGAAAGCUCCAAGGUCAUCAUCAUGACUUUGGCGCAACAAUUUAAUCAAUCAACUAAUGGCAUUGGCCCGCAUACACCUUUCUCUCCUCUUGAGGGGCAUGUUCUUUCGAGAGACGACCUAUCCGGUCCUAAGAACGGGUAUGCUACGUGGAGUGAUAUUCAACUUCUAGUGGGCUCUUAUGCAGUAUUGCUGUCGGUUCAAAACGCAACGUCGUUUUCAUCGGCUUUUCGCGAUAUUUCCGCUAUUGACGAAAUUCUAGACAUGGCUGAACGAGUUUUGUCCUGGGUAACGUCAAGUUCAUUGGGGUAUGCAAGAACGUUGGAGAUUCUGGUAAAUAUUCGCCACAAUUUCCGGGGUUCCACCCCCGGGACCGUGGCAUCGUGCUAG